GCAGAUGGCCUUCUAGUUGAGCUCAAUAUCUCGAGCUGUUACGAUUUCUUGGAACAAUACUGUCUGCAUAUCUCGAGUCACCUCGCUACCAUGAGUAAACAGAGGGAGUGCCCGGAGGAAUGCAGAGAAGCUGUAUCGACUUUGAUGUUUUCAGCAGCAAGACUUUCCGAUCUGCCAGAAUUACGCGAACUGAGAGAUAUAUUUACUGAAAGAUAUGGAAAUUCCCUUGAAUGUUUUGUGAAUAAAGAGAUUGUUAGUAAGCUUAAGUCUCAACCGCCUACAAAGGAUAUGAAGCUUCAGUUGAUGCGAGAUAUAGCAGUAGAAUCUGGUGUAAGAUGGAAUUCAAAGGCUUUGGAACAUAAGCUAUCGAAACCACAGAUAGCUGUACAAGACUUGCCGAAGAGUCAUAGCAGUGAAGAGCACAAAUUGCACAAGAAAAUCGAUGAAUCAGCUCAGAGGAAAGAACAUCAAAAGGCUAAGAUUAAUCAUGAGAAUGCAAGGAUACAUACGACUUCUAAGACGAAAAGGGAACAUCAUUCAUCUCAUGGGAGAAAAGAAGUCCCUGGCGAUGUACGAAGCUUGCCUAAGGGAAAGGAGAUUGGCAAACAGAAAAGAGAUAGUAUAAAUCGCGCAUCCAACAGAUAUUUAGAUGACAAACCUCCAGCAAAAGAUACUAAAGCGGACAUUAUUGGAAAAAAUGGGCAACAAAAUGAUCCAAAGAUCAUUAAAAGUGUUUCUGAAGAAAAAUCUGAUGACAAUACACCAUUCUAUUAUAGACCAAUUCAGCCUAGUUACAACAAGUCAAGUGCCUGCAUUGUUAAAAUCAGUUCAGAUGCAUCUCCUACAGGCACCACAGGGGAGACACACGGACAUAUAGAGAUGAAUCAGCGGGGAGUAAAGAUUGUCAAAGAAGAAGAUAGUUGUGUAAAUGAUACAAUACAGAAGCCAAAACCGAAAUCAGUCAGGACACGACUGCAGCCAACACAUGAUUGUGAAGAGGACUCGGAUAGAAGAUUGAGACACGGAAAACAUGGGAUAAAAAUUGCAAGUAGUGAUCAUGUUGAUCAACGCGAUGAAGAGGAAAAGAUGAUGGAUAGGCUUCUAAUGCACUAUACUAGGAAACAGGCUUCUAAAAAUGAAGUUAAAAAACCAAAAUCAGUUGUUAAAUUAGCUGAAGUUGAGAGAAGUGAAGUAUCAAGGAAGAGAUCGAUUCGUGUUGAAUUGAAACAAGCAGGCCCUCCAGUGACACUUCGAGAAGGAGACACUCAAGCAAAUCGCGAUAUGUUGAGUCCAAAUGGGCAUAUACAUCCCAAGAUGCCAGAUUACGAUGACUUUGUCACUCGACUGGCAGCUCUCAAAGGGAACUAAUUAAGUUGUAGUAAAUUAGAUGGAAUUAACCAUUGUACCAUUCUUCAUAUAACUAACUGUUUUCUCAUCAUAUUCUUU